AUGUCACCUUCACACAACGAGCCCAUUGCCAUUGUUGGCAACGCCUGUCGAUUCCCUGGGGAUGCCACAUCUCCUUCUAAGCUAUGGGAACUGCUCAAGGAGCCCCGAGAGGUGGCCCGGCCCAUCGAUCGUUUCGCGGCUUCGAGCUUCUACCAUCAAAAUGGUCACUACCACGGCGCCAGCAAUGUCCGCGACGCUUACCUUCUGUCUGAAGACCCCCGCAACUUCGACGCCCAGUUCUUCAACAUUCCCCCUGGUGAGGCUGACUCUAUCGACCCCCAGCAGCGCACAGUCCUCGAGACUGUAUACGAAGCCGUCGAAUCCUCUGGCCUGGUGCUCGAGGACCUACGCGGCUCAGACACGGCCGUCUACGUCGGUGUCAUGUGUGACGACUACGGCAACAUUUGCUACGUCGACCAGGAGGCGGUCCCAACCUACGCCGCCACCGGCACGGCCCGUAGCAUUCUGUCCAACCGUGUCUCUUUCACCUUCGACUGGCGGGGUCCGUCAAUGACCAUUGACACGGCCUGUUCGUCGUCCCUGGUCGCUAUCCACCAGGCUGUUCAGGUUUUGCGCAGCGGAAACUCCAACGUCGCCGUGGCCGCCGGUGCCAACUUGAUUUUCAGCCCGAACAUGUUCAUCGCCGAGUCGAACCUUAACAUGCUUUCCCCCACGGGCAAGUCCCAGAUGUGGGAUGCCAACGCCAACGGCUACGCCCGUGGUGAGGGUAUCGCCGCUGUCAUCAUGAAGCGUCUCUCCGACGCAAUCCGCGACGGUGACCACAUUGAGUGCGUUAUUCGUGAGACGGGGUGCAACCAGGAUGGUCACACUCCCGGUAUCACCAUGCCCAGCCAGGAGGCUCAGACCAAGCUGAUUCGCGACACCUACCGUCGUGCCGGCUUGGACCUGAGCAAGGCCGAGGACCGUCCUCAGUACUUUGAGGCUCACGGCACUGGUACUAAGGCCGGCGACGGUGUUGAGUCCAAGGCCAUCUACCACGCCUUCUUUCCCGAGGGUCAGACCACGGACGAGACUCUGUGGGUUGGCUCCAUCAAAACCAUCAUCGGCCACACCGAGGGUACCGCCGGUAUCGCCGGUGUCAUGAAGGCCUCCCUUGCCAUCCAGAAUAAGACCAUCCCGCCAAACUUGCACUUCAAGAGUCUCAACCCUGAGAUUUUCCCGUACUACGGCAAGCUGCAAAUCGCCAAGACUGCGCAGCACUGGCCCGCGCUUCCCGCCGGCGCCGUUCGCCGUGCCUCCAUCAACUCGUUCGGUUUCGGUGGCACCAACGCUCACGCCAUUAUUGAGGCCUACGAGCCCGAGGUCUCUGCCGUGCGGGCUGAGGCUGCGGUUAGGGCUGCUAUGGCCUUGCCUCUCACCUUUUCCGCUACAUCGGAGAAGUCUCUAACCAACCUCAUGGCCAAGUACCUAGAGUACCUGAUUGAGAACCCCGAUGCCGACCUCACCAGUCUGGCCUUCACCCUGCACGACCGCCGUUCUACCUUUGCGUACCGCAGCCACAUUGCUGGCCAGUCGGUCGAGGAGAUCUUGCCCAAGCUACAGAACGCUGUUGAGGAGCAGCAGUCUGGCAACUCGGCCAGCAUCGUCCGCGGUACUUCAGCCAAGAAGCACCUGCUCGGUGUUUUCACCGGUCAGGGCGCUCAGUGGGCGACCAUGGGUCGUGAGCUGAUCCGCGCCUCGAGGCUCGCACAGGACAUUAUUGGCAACCUCGAGCAGUCCCUCGCCGAGCUGCCUGCCUCUGACCGCCCGUCCUGGUCUAUCAUGGAGCAGCUCAUGGCUGACCCCGCCCAGUCUCGCAUUGCUGAGGGUGAGAUGUCCCAGCCGUUGUGCACUGCCGUUCAGGUCGUCCUGAUCGAGGUACUGAAGCUGGCCGGCAUCACUUUCGAUGUCGUCGUCGGCCACUCCAGUGGUGAGAUUGGUGCCGCGUACGCCGCCGGAUUCUUCAACGCCACUGAUGCCAUCCGCAUUGCCUUCUACCGUGGUCGUUACGCCUUCAUGGCGAAGGGUCCUGAGGGCCAGAAGGGUGGUAUGUUGGCUGUUGGUACCACUCUUGAGGAUGCUCGCGAGCUUGUCGAGCUCCCCGCCUUUGAGGGUCGCGUCUCCGUCGCCGCAUACAACUCCGACGCCAGCGUCACCCUCUCCGGUGACCUUGACGUCAUUGAGGAGGUCAAGGAGGUCUUGGACGACGAGCGCGUCUUCAACCGUCAGCUCAAGGUUGACACUGCGUACCACUCGCACCAUAUGAUCCCCUGCUCCGCCAAGUACUAUGAGGCUCUUGACAACUGCAGGGUUCAGAUCCUCAAGCCCUCUGGUGAGACCAAGUGGUACUCGCCUGUGUACGACGGCAAGCUCAUGGAGCCUUGCGAGGCGCUCAAGCACACUUACUGGGUCGACAAUAUGGUCAACAUUGUCCUGUUUGCUACGUCCCUCAAGUCCGCUCUCACCAAUGCCGUACCUCAGCCCACACAGGUCAUUGAAGUCGGUCCCCACGCCGCCCUCAAGGGUCCUGCCUCCAACGUUAUCGAGGAGGUGGUCAAGUCUGCGCUGCCUUACACCGGCACCCUUGCUCGUGGCCAGAACGACGUCAAUGCCGUGGCCUCCACCCUCGGUUACAUCUGGGCUCAGUUUGGCCGCAGCUCCGCCGACUGGAAGGGUUACUCGGAGGUCUUCUCCUCGGGUAUUCCUACUAUUCUCCAGGAGCUGCCCAGCUACCCCUGGAACCGCGACCGUCUGUUCUGGUACGAGGCUCGCAAGUCGCGUGUCAACCGCCUUCGUCAAGACCCCGCUCAUGUCCUGCUCGGUACACGCACCGACUCCACCAACAAGCGCGAGUACCGCUGGCGCAACUAUAUCAGCUCCAAGGAGAUCCCCUGGCUCUCCGGUCACAGCAUUCAGGGCCAAACCUUGUUCCCUGCUGCUGGUUUCCUCGUGAUGGCUGUUGAGGCUGCUCGCGUCAUCCACCGCGCCCUGGGUGUCAACGAGGACAAGGGUAUCGAGACACUCUUCACCCUGUCUAAUGUCACUUCUGUCCAAACGGGUGCAGAUACCUCUACUGUCACUGCCAACUUCGCUUGCGAUGCCUGCCUCCAGAAGGGUUCUGAUGUCUUCACCUCCAUCGCCUGCGGUAAGCUCAUCAUGAGCCUCGGCACUCCCUCCUCCUCGGCCCUGGUCGAGUACCCUAAGGAGGCUGGCCUUGGGAUGCUGAACGUCGACUGUGAGGAGUUCUAUGCCUACCUGGCCUCCAUCGGCUACAACUACGCCGACCUCUUCAGGGGUAUCACCUCCAUGAGCCGAUGCUGCGACUUGGCUCAGGGUGAGAUUAUCACCUCUACUGCCAGCCAGAGCGGCCCCAUGGACGAGUUCUUGCUGCACCCGUCCACUCUUGACGUUGCCUUCCAGGCCAUCUUUGCGGCCAUCAGCUACCCCGGAGACGGUGCACUGUGGGAUCUGCACAUCCCCACUACUAUCCGCCGCGUCGUCAUCAACCCUGUCAUCUGUCCGAUGAACGGUGGUCUUAACGAGAAGGUCCGCUUCUCAGCUACCUCCAACCGCGCUGAUGACAGUACCUUCUCCGGCAGCGUUGACAUCUUCCCUAUACACAGCGACCACUCGCUGUGCCAGGUUGAGGGAAUGGAGGUCAGCCCCGUGGCUCCCCCUACGGCCAAGGACGACCGCCACAUGUUUGGCCACACCAGUCGCUGGCUCAGCACCCCUGACGCCGAGGCCGUGGCCAAGCAUGUCUCAAUCACCACCGAACAGGAGCAGGACCACCAGCUUCUCGACCGUCUCGCGCUCCAAGAGCUCCGGAAGGUGGUUGCCUCUGGUAACUCCGAGCAUGUCCAUCUCCGCGCCUGGGCCCAGGGUGUCCUCAAGGUUUCUGGCACCGACACCUCCACUGAGCAGAAUGACAUCUCUAGCGCCAUUGUUGGCGAGGCUUCCGCUGGUGACCUCGCUGUCCUCAGGGCCCUUGGCUCUGGCGAGUCCGGCUUGCUGAACAAGUUCUACUCCUCGGCGUUUGGUGCUGCGGAGGCUCGCGGCUCUUUGAUCUCGCUGGUUCACCAGAUUUCCCGCCGCUACCCUCACAUGCGCAUUAUGGAGCUCAGCGCCGGCAACGGUACCGCUACCAAGCCUCUUCUGGAGACUCUCGGUGCCUUGUGCUCCGCCUACACUGUCACUGACUCGACUGACGAGCAUUUCGCGGCCCUUAACAAGGAGCACGGUGAGUACCUCUUCACUCAGACCCUCGACCUGGACCAGGACCUCGAGGAGCAGGGCUUCUCCGCCGCCAGCUUUGAUCUUAUCAUUGCCCCCGCCGGCCUCCACAAUGUGCAGGACCAUGCUCAAACCAUCCAGAAGCUGCGCUGGCUUACCAGGCCUGGUGGUUUCCUCUUUGUCCAGCAGAUCACCAACGCCAAUGCUGUCCACGUCGCCCUAACCGUGGCCAGCUUGGCGUCGCAGACUGAGGUUCCCGAGCUGUCCGAGUACGAUGUUCUGCUUCAGGACACUGGCUUCUCCGGCAUUGACUCUGUCACUCCGGACUCUGUCAGCCCCUUCAGCGUCUUCGUGUCUCAGGCCGUCGAUGCUCAAAUCAACGCCAUUCGUGCUCCUCUGACUGCCGGCAACAAGACCACCAUUGACCAGAUUCUCCUCAUCGGUGGUCGCCGCUUCCAGACCUCUCGCAUGAUCGACAACAUCAGGAACACCCUUGCCCAGUACUGCGGAAACAUCACGUCGAUCCAGAGCAUGCGCGAGUUCAAGCCGUCCCUGCUGGCGUCUAGGCCUCUUGACCUAACCGACCAGAAGUACGAGGCCCUGCAGACUCUGUUCUUCCGCUCGCGUUACAUUGUCUGGGCCACUCGCGGUGCCAACGGCGACAACCCUUACGCCAACGUCAUGAAGGGUGUCGUCCGCUGCUUGCUGAUCGAGAUUCCUCACCUUCACUGCCAGAUGUUCAACAUCGAGGGCAAGGUCAAGAUCGACCAGCACGCCACCGUCCUGGCCGAGCAGCUGCUGCGCCUGCAUAUUGCCGACGGUUGGAAGGACAAGAUCCCCACGUACAGCGCUUUGUGGACCUCGGAGCGCGAGCUGAUGCUUGCCGACGACAAACUCCACAUUACUCGCUACGACUCCGAAGCCGAGCUCAAUGACCACUACAACGUCUUGCGUCGUCGUGUCGUGGCUGAUGUCUCCACCGCUGACCGCGUGGUUGCCAUCACCGCCGAUAAGAGGCUCCAGCAGUUCCGCCUCAACCCCCAGGCUCCCAUUGGUGCCGAGGAGGCCAAGGUCUCCAUCAACGUCGAGAAGUCCCUGUCCACCGCUUUCAAGGUUGGCGACCUCGGCUACUUCUACCUCAGCAUCGGCACCAACAAGGAGACUAGCGAGACUGUCCUCGCGCUGACUGACCAGCACCAGUCUCUUCUCACCGUUCCUGAGUCGCGCCUUCUGGCCGUCAAUGUCGCCGCCAGUGAGCGUCGCACCCUGCUCGUUUCUGUCGGUGCCACGCUUCUUGCCUCGGCUCUCCUCAAGAAGUCCACUGCCAGCGACAGACUCGUCUUCCACGAGGCGCCCACCGUCCUGGCCGAGCUUCUCCGUGAGAAAGCCCGCAAGAUCGGCGCCCAGGUCGUCUUCACUACCACAGAUAAGGAGGCCGCUGGUUACUGGCAACAUGUCCACGCUUACACUCCCGGUCGCGAGCUGAGCAGGCUGGUGCAGGCCAACACGAGCCUGUUUGUCAACUUCUCUCCCGCCAGCGAGGGUAGUGGGCUUGUCAGCCGCCUUAAGGCCCAGCUGCCGUUCCGCGCCCGCUACCGCACUCUCUCAGACUACCUCCCGUCGCAGUCCGUUCUCUACUCGGACACGACCGAGGCUCAACUCGCCAAGUCCCUCAAGGACGCCCAUGAUAAGGCUCUCUUUGAGGCCUCGUCGGUUGACUUUAGCCAGGUUGCCAAUACCUUUGUGCAACAACUUGCCGCUGACCAGACUCUUAGUGAGCCCCUGACCACCAUGGACUGGACUAAUCCUACUCCUUUCCCUGCCAACUUGACCCUCGCCAUAGACCAGGUGCGCUUCCGCUCUGACCGCACCUACUUCCUCGUCGGUAUGACUGGCAGCUUGGGUUUGUCCACCUGCGAGUUCAUGAUGGAGCGCGGCGCCAGGCACUUUGCCCUGUCCUCCCGCCGCCCCAACAUCGACCAGCGCUGGCUGGACAAGGUCGAGACCAACUUUGGCGCCUCGGUCAAGGCGUACCCGCUUAACAUCACUAGUCGCGAGAGCCUGCAGGGCGUGUACAAGGAGAUAUGUGCGACGCAACCCCUGAUCGCGGGUGUGGCCAACGCCGCCCUCAUCAUGCGCGAUGGUCUCUUUAUGGAGUCCAACGCGACCACCAUGAACGAGGCUCUGGGCCCCAAGAUCAGCGGUACCUUCUACCUGGACGAACUGUUUGCCAACAUCGAUCUCGACUUUUUCAUCCUGUACUCUUCCCUAGUGUACAUCACUGGCAACAUUGGUCAGACCUCCUAUGCUGCCGGCAACGGUUUCAUGGUCAGCUUGGCCCACCAGCGUCGCAAGCGCGGCCAGUGCGCCAGUGUCAUGAACCUGGGUGGUAUCAACGGUAUCGGCUACAUCACCCGUACUGACCACAACAUUCUCAACCGUCUCGACAUCAUGGGCUACGGUAUCAUGUCCGAGCUCGACUACAAGUACUUCUUUGCCGAGGCGGUCAUGGCCGGUCCUCCCGACUCCGGCCGCGACCCCGAGGUCUCUGCUGGUCUCAAGUUCGUCAACCCCAAGACCGACAAGAACCCGCCCAAGUGGUGGGAGGACCCCAAGUUCAGCCACUACGUCAUUGACAAGAGCGCUCGUGAGGUUGGUGACAAGACCACUGAGGGUGCGAUGUCCACAAAGGCCCAGCUGCAGGAGGCUGCCACUGAUAAGGAUGCCUCCAACAUCAUCCUGACGGCCCUACAGGCCAUGCUUCACAAGAAGCUCGACCUGCCGCCCUCGGAGAGCGUCCUGUCUGAUGUCGCCAUUGUCGAGAUGGGUGUCGACUCUCUCGUCGCCGUCGACAUGCGCUCUUGGUUCAGUAGCGAGUUCGAUCACGACAUCCCCAUCAUCAAGAUUUUGGGUGGUGCCACUCUUGCUGACCUAGUCGAGGACACUGUUGCCAACCUGUCACCGUCCAUUGCCCCCAACUUGGGCGGCGCCGCUGCUGCCGAGGAGGAGGCCAAGGUCGAGGCCGAGAUACCUGCUGAGGCUGCCACUGCUGCUACCUCUGACGAUGAGCCUAUCUUUUCUGAUGAUGACACCCCUGCCACCACCGACACCGAUGAGGGCUCUGUCACUGGCAAGUCUACCGCCGACGAGAAGGUCGAGACUGCCGCUGCCCCUACUGCGCCGGCUGUCGUUCGUCCCAACUUUGUCCGCGUCGAGAAGAUGACCUACGGCUGCUCUCGCUUCUGCUUCCUCCGCCAGUACCUCGAAGAUGCCAGCUGCUUCAAUAUCAUUGUCCGCACGCGUCUGACCGGUCAGGUUGACGUGGCUCGUGUCCGGGAGGCCGUCUACAAGGUCGGUGCCCGUCACGAGGCCCUGCGCACCGCCUACUACGUCGACGAGGAGGCCGAGCCCAUGAUGGGUGUCAUGCCCGACUCCAAGCUCCGGCUCGAGGUCAGUAAGAUUACCCACGAGAGCGAGGCCGAGAAGGUCCAUAAAGAGGUGUCCAAGUACAACUUCGACAUCGAGAACGGUGAGGUCAUCCGCAUGCUGCUCCUGACUGUCGGCCCCCGCGAGCACCACCUCAUCUUCGCUGUCCACCACAUUGCCAUUGACGGCUUCUCCUUCAACCUAAUGAUCCGCGAUAUGAACAUGUUCUACCAGGGCAAGCCCGUGCACACGAUUGCCUCGCAGUUCACCGACCUGGCCAUCCAGCAGCGCAAGGACAUUGAGGGCGGUCGCCUGCAGGACGACAUUGUCUUCUGGAAGAAUAUCUACACCACGGUGCCUGACCCUCUGCCUCUCUUCCCCUUCCCUGGCGUCGGUGCCCGUCUCCCGCAGACCAAGUACGAGCACGAGGAGGUCGAGAUAGUGCUCGACUCGGCCAUUGCGCAGGAGAUCCGUACCCUCUGCCGCCAGAACCGCUGCACCACGUUCCACUUCUUCCUCGCCACAUUCCGCCUGUUCCUGACCCGCUGGCUCGAGAUUGACGACCUGUGCAUUGGUAUCGCCGAUGCCAACCGCAAGGACAUCAAGACCCUCGCCACCGUCGGUUUCCUGCUGAACCUGAUCCCUCUCCGCUUCGGCGGCCUCACAGGCAAGGAGACCUUCUCCACCCUCCUCAACACCGCCAAACAGACCUCAUACUCUGCCCUCAACCACUCUGCCCUGCCCUUUGACCUGGUGCUGCAGGAGCUCGAGGUGCCUCGCUCCUCCUCCCACAGCCCCAUGUUCCAGGUUUUCCUCGACUACCGUCAGCUCGCCCUGAAGACGCCUCCCAUGCUCGAGUCCCAGACCGAGGGCGAGAGCAACUUCGGUGCCACCGCCUACGACGUUGUUCUCGAUGUCACUGACGACGCCGCCUCGGACAUUACCAUCAAGUGGCAGACGCAGAAGUCGCUGUACAACCGCCGCCACACCCAGGCCAUGAUGGACAGCUACAUUCACCUGCUGCACCACUGUGCCAAGGGUUCCGCCGGCUCCAUCGCCUCCGCUCCCCUCUACCGGGAUGAGCAUGUCACGGCUGCCAUUAAGGCUGGACGUGGCCCCCAGUUUGACGGCCAGUGGCCCGAGACCCUGUCCCUCAAGGUCGACCAAGUCUCUGCCCAGUUCCCCAACGACAUUGCCCUGCGUGACGGCCUCGGCGACUCCAUGACCUACAAAGCCAUGGACCGCACCCUCGACCAGAUAUCCGAGGAGCUCGUCCAGGCUGGCAUCCAACCCGGUAACAAGGUCGGUGUGUUCCAGCAGCCCUCGGCCAUGUGGAUUUGCUCCUUGCUCGCUAUCUGGCGCAACGGUGCCGUCUACGUGCCUCUUGACCCCCGCAACGGCCUGUCCCGUCUGGCGGCCACUUGCAGUGUUGUGGAGCCCAGCUCCGUGCUCUGCGACAGCUCCACUGCCGCCGGUGUCGCCCAGCUCGCUCUCCCUGUCGGCACCAGCACCAUUAAUGUUGACCAGGUCCGCAAGACCAACGACUCUCCCGCUCGCCGUCCCAACUUGUCCAAGGGUGAUUCGUCUGCCAUCAUUGUCUCUAGCAGUGGUUCCACCGGUGUCCCUAAGGGUAUCGAGGUCCGCCACCUGAGCUUGCUCAACCUCUUCGAGGGUGACAGCCAGAUCUGGACCCUCGGCCGCCCCAACGCCGUUCAGCAGAGCGCCUACAGCUUCGACAUCUCUCUUGACCAGAUCUUCACCUCUCUCGUCAACGGUGGCAUCCUCUACGUCGCUUCUCAGGCCCAGCGCUCCGACCCCCAGGCCAUGGCUGAGCUCAUGGCCAACAACCAGAUCACCUACACCAUGGCCACGCCGUCCGAGUAUGCCAACUGGAUCAACUACGCCGCUCCCACCCUGUCCAAGACCACGAGCUGGCGCCGCGCCAACGUUGGUGGUGAGGGAUGGAACGCCACCCUGCGUGACUCCUUUGCCGCCCUCAACCUCCCCAGCCUCAAGAUCCAGAACUGCUACGGUCCCGCCGAGAACAGCGUCUGGUGCACUCGUCAUCCCAUUGCCUACCCUGCCGAUUCCACUCUCAUCCCUGCCGGUCCUGCCCUUCCCAACUACUCCUUCUACAUCGUGGACAAGCAGCUCAAUGUUGUUCCCACCGGAGUCCAGGGCGAGAUCCUCAUUGGUGGUGCCGGUACCGCCGUCGGUUACUACAACCGCACCGACCUGACCAACGAGAAGUUCAUCGAGGACAAGAACGCCUCCUCUGUUCACGUUGCCAAGGGAUGGAACCGCGCCUACCGCACCGGCGACAAGGGUUACCUGAUGGUCGACGGCACCCUCGUUGUCCUGGGCCGCAUCACUGGCGACACCCAGAUCAAGCUUCGCGGUUUCCGUAUCGAGCUUGAGGACAUCGAGGCCACCAUUGUUCGCGCCUCCAACGGCGUUCUGUCUCGCGUCGUUGCCAACGUGCGCGGCGAGGGUCAGGAGAGCUACCUGGUCGGCUUCGUCGAGUUUGCUGACGGCUACCUGACCGACCAGCAGAAGAUCUACCUCGCCCAGCUGCUCAACCAGGUGCCCCUGCCCCAGUACAUGAAACCCAACAUGCUCAUCGCCCUUAGCCGCAUCCCCCUGAACUCUCACGGAAAGAUCAACAGGCUUGCCAUUGCUACCAUCCCUAUCCAAUCCCAGGUCGAUGAUGUCGAGAUCUCUACCGAGGUCACCGACACUGAGAAGGCCAUCUGGGAGCUGUGGGAGGAGAUGCUGCCCCAGUCCGUUAUGGAUGGUGUGGUCAUCAACUUGAACCAUGAUUUCUUCCAGCUCGGAGGUAACUCCUUGCUUACUGUCCGCCUGCAGUCUCGCAUCCGCGAGGCUUUUGGGAUCGUCGUUCCUCUCCCCAAGGUCAUCGAGUCCAGCAAGCUCUCUGCUUUGGGUGCCCUCCUCGAUAACCUCUUGGCCAACUCUGGCAUCAACUGGGACCUCGAGACUGCCCUCGCCGAUGACAUGCUCCAGAUCUCUCCCGCUGACGCCUCCUCCACCACCCGCAAGAACGCCCAGCCCCUGACUGUCAUCCUCACCGGUGCCUCUGGUUUCAUUGGUCAUCACAUCUUGGAGCACCUCAUCCAGGACCCCAAGAUCGGCCGCGUCCACUGCAUUGCCCAUCGUCCCCUGUCUGACGAGCUGCCCCACCGCCAGAAGUUCAACGCCGUCGCCGCCUCCUCAGACAAGAUCUCCGUACACGAGGGUGAUCUGAGCGCUCCUCGCCUCGGCCUAUCCGAGACCGAGUUCGCCGCUCUCGCCGAGCAGGCCGACAUGAUCAUUCACAGCGGUGCCAACCGGUCCUUCUUCAGCACCUACGACCAAGUCCAGGCCAUCAACGUCCAGUCCACCAAGGAGCUCGCUCUCAUGUCUGCUGCUUCCCUACAUGACCACCGCCGCGUCGUGCCCUUCCACUUCCUCUCUGGCACUGAGGCCGCUACCAUCGAGCCUGCUUCGGACGGUUCCCAGGGCUACGUCGCCUCCAAGUGGGCCAGCGAGCGCUUCCUCCAGAAGUACGCCGAUCAGCUGCGCCUUCCGGUCCACAUCCACCGCCAACUGCCCGUACCCGAGGGUCGUGAGGCCCAGGGCGAGGAGCUCGACCAGAUCCUCCAGGAGUUCGUCGACGUCGCCGCCAAGAUGACCGAGCUACCCAACUCGACCACCUGGGGCGGUCACUACGACCUGAUCCCCGCCGACCGUCUGUCUCGUGACAUUGUCGGUCACGCCUUCACGGCCCUGGCCUCGACCGACAACCAUAUCUCCAGCGAUAACGUCAAGCAGUACUCGCACCUGAGCUCCGUCCGCAUGAACAUUGCCAAGGUUGUCGAGAGGCUGGGCUCGCUGCCCGAGUACGCCCAGAGCGACCGGCCCAAGAUCCCUGCCCAUGUCUGGAUCGGCAAGGCCAAGACUGCCGGCUUCCGCUACCAGUUCAGCACCAUGAACAUGGUCCUGCAGGAUGCCGAGGGCAAGGGCCUCGCUAUGCUGUCGCGAUAG